AUGACCAAUUCACCGAUUCCGAGGCUUGUUUCUUCCCGCCACUCACCACGGAAGAGCUCAAAACAUACAAAAUCGACAAAAGAACACUUUAUAAGACGAGCAUCACUACAUCACCGAUUCAAGGACACUUUUUAUGACAUUGCAGAUGAGGUUCUAGAGCAUUGCCAGAUGUGGGAGAGAGCUGGCCAAAUUCAAUUCUAUCUUGAGGUCUUCGAGUCAUACUCCGAGAGGAAGAGAUCCGAAGACCACUCGCCCUCACAUCAAACUUUGACUCUCACUGGUGCAAAGGCCGAAGAAAAUGAACUACUCCAUGGCGAUUUAGCGCAUAUUGCAAACGCCCUCUACUGCAGUCUCGAACAGCCACAAUUCGAGAAUACCUCACUCUUCCCAGGACUCGUCAUCUCGUUUUUUGGGCCAAGGCACGGCCGUCUCCUACAGGCUACAUUCGACAACCCUGGUACCUUAAUUGUCCGACCCUCGCUGAUCUACAAUUUCAUAGACAGCGAUGAAAAGAUAGAGCUUUUCGUUCGCUACGACAAUUGCGAACCCCGAGAUGGUCCAGAAAUCGAGUCUGUUCUAGUUGAUGAGGUCGCCAUCUCCUCGCGUUCGGCAUCAAGCCUCGCUCUUCGAAUCAAACAAAGAAAUCACUUUUAG